CGGUCUUUGUGGCUUGCACCUCGGGGUGGGCGGCUCAUUUCCUGGCCGCUCCUGGGCUUCGCGGUGAGGGACGUGGGCCCCUAGGAAGAUGGAGGUGGGGUUGGGAGCGCGCGCCGGACAGUGGAGGAGCCCCGCUCCUCUGCCUGCCUAUCCCCAGGUCGCGGCUCCUUGGCCUGCGCGGCGUCUCCAAGCGACUGGGGAACUCAGAUGAGGCCCGCACUCAAACUCCUGCUUUCCAAAGGAAAACGCAGUUCCGCUGACCCCGUGACUUCGCAAAUGCUGCGGGUUUAACCAAGAAUAUAAAAAUAGAAGGGCUAGUUAGUACGGCCGGACUGGUUAAACCUUAAAUUUGUAGGCUAAAUAUUCUAAUUAAUCUCUAACGUUAACCGUAGUGUGAGGAAUGAAUUUUACUCGUCUGUCCUGACAAACUAAGGGCAUACACUCCUAUCGGUAUCUCGCCAUCCUAAAAUCAGGUCAAGUUUGGUCUGUGUCACAUUUAAUACCUAUUUGUUACCAUAUUUUGCUUUUGAACAUUUUUACUCUUGGGAUAUUCUAAGCUUUUUAAGAACUGAUGGAUCUUUUUGCUUCUUUUGUGUAUGUGGUACCUAUCAUGUUUUUGAACACAUGGAAAGAAGAGAUUACUCACACUCCUUCUCAAGCACAGAACCCAGUUGUACUGAGCUUUUUGCUAAGCUGUUUCAGCCAAGAAUGGCUGUGGAAUCUGGAGUGAUUUCAACCCCGAUACCUCAGGAUCCUCCGGAACAAGAACUAAUACUAGUGAAAGUAGAAGAUAACUUUUCCUGGGAUGAGAAAUUUAAGCAGAAUGGGAGUACUCAAUCCUGCCAAGAAUUGUUUCGUCAGCAAUUCAGAAAGUUUUGCUACCAGGAGACACCUGGGCCCCGGGAGGCUCUGAGCCGACUCCAGGAACUUUGCUAUCAGUGGCUAAUGCCAGAGUUGCACACAAAGGAGCAGAUCUUAGAACUGCUGGUACUGGAGCAGUUCCUGAGCAUUCUGCCUGAGGAGCUGCAGAUCUGGGUUCAGCAACAUAAUCCAGAAAGCGGCGAGGAAGCUGUGACCCUGUUGGAGGUUUUAGAGAGGGAGUUUGAUGACCCAGGGCAGCAGGUGGGAACAGAGAAAAGUGAUGUGGGAAAAGGAAUUUACAGCCUGGAGCAUGUAAUGGUCCCAGCUAGUCCACAGGGACCAGCAGUGCCAUGGAAGGAUUUAACAUGUCUCAGAGCAUCCCAAGAGUCAACAGACAUCCACCUCCAGCCCUUAAAGACACAGCUGAAAUCCUGGAAACCGUGCUUUUCCCCUAAAAGUGAUUGUGAGAACAGUGAAACAGCAACAAAAGAGGGCAUCUCAGAAGAAAAAUCACAGGGACUCCCUCAGGAACCUUCAUUUCGAGGAAUUAGUGAGCAUGAAAGCAAUUUAGUGUGGAAGCAAGGAAGUGCUACAGGGGAGAAACUAAGAUCUCCUUCCCAAGGGGGCAGUUUUAGUCAAGUGAUCUUCACAAACAAAGCUCUAGGAAAGAGAGACCUUUAUGAUGAGGCUGAAAGAUGCUUGAUUCUAACUACAGACUCUAUAAUAUGUCAGAAAGUUCCUGCAGAAGAGAGACCUUAUAGAUGUGAUGUAUGUGGGCACAGCUUCAAGCAGCAUUCCUCUCUAACACAACAUCAGAGAAUCCAUACUGGAGAAAAGCCCUAUAAAUGUAACCAGUGUGGGAAGGCCUUUAGUUUGAGGUCCUAUCUUAUUAUUCAUCAGAGAAUUCAUAGUGGUGAGAAAGCAUAUGAAUGUAGUGAAUGUGGGAAAGCUUUCAAUCAGAGCUCAGCCCUCAUUAGACAUCGGAAAAUCCAUACUGGUGAGAAAGCUUGUAAAUGUAAUGAGUGUGGCAAAGCAUUCAGUCAAAGUUCAUAUCUCAUUAUACAUCAAAGAAUUCACACUGGUGAGAAACCUUAUGAGUGUAAUGAGUGUGGGAAAACCUUUAGCCAGAGCUCAAAACUCAUUAGACAUCAGCGAAUUCACACAGGAGAGAGACCCUAUGAAUGUAAUGAAUGUGGAAAAGCUUUCAGGCAGAGCUCAGAGCUGAUUACUCAUCAGAGAAUACAUAGUGGAGAGAAACCCUAUGAAUGUAAUGAAUGUGGAAAAGCUUUCAGUUUGAGCUCAAACCUUAUCAGACAUCAGAGAAUUCAUAGUGGAGAGGAACCUUAUCAAUGUAAUGAAUGUGGCAAAACCUUCAAAAGGAGCUCAGCCCUUGUUCAGCAUCAGAGAAUUCAUUCUGGGGAUGAAGCUUAUAUAUGUAAUGAAUGUGGGAAGGCUUUCAGGCACAGAUCAGUCCUUAUGCGCCAUCAAAGAGUCCACACUAUAAAGUAAUUUGUGAAUACUGUGAAUAGUGUAAAUACUUAAGUCAGAUUUUUAUGUUUGUUAGUCAAAAGAGUUUACUUUGGAGCAAAACUCCAUAAAGGUUAUAAAAUACUAGGUCUUGAGUCUAGCUUGCUUUGUGCAGCAUUUCCCAGUGCUAGUGUAAAGUGACUUGAAAGCUUUUCCUGUGACUAAUCAGAACAGAAUACAGAAGAAUCAUUACUUCCAGCUCUUCUCUUAUUAGGAAUACUCAGGAAAUACGAAAAGUGGGAAUGUAACAUUGAAAUCUCAUUUUGUAUGAAAGUGUCAUGAAAAGAAUAUAGCAACCCAGGCUCUGUCACUGCAUCUGAUUGUUAGUGUGCCAGGUUAUGGAGCUGGUGUGGACUGUGUGAGGCACUUUGUCUCAGGAACUAAAAAAAAAAGACCAAUAAAGAACAGUGACAGAGCAGCAAGAAAGGUGGGGAAAUGGCUUCAUCAAUGAUUUGUUGAGCCCAGGGCAGGCCAGGAAUUAGGCGUGAGAAGAAAGAAUAUAAUUUACCCAAAGGUUAUUUUUUGAGUACCUACUUUGUCCCAGGAACUAGGAAUACAGUGGAAAACAAGACUGUAAUCUCUAUAGUCUAAUGAGCAAGGCAGCCAAACAGGCAGUGAAAGUGGAAUGCUCUUAUGUGACCUUAAAGAGCACCUGACUCAGCCUUGGAUAAGGAAAUGGGGGAAAUGGCCUGAAGGAUGAGGAGGAGUUAGCCAAGGUGGUUCUCCAGGGAAGUGGUACCCCAGUAAAGAACAGUAGCCAAAGGCCAGAAACAAAGUGUGGAUCAUUCCUUGAGUUCCUGUUGUAGUGAGGUCUUGUCUGUCAGAGAAGUCUGGGUCUGGCCAGACUCUUAAGCAGUGCCAAUGAAGAAGUUCCUGUUAAUAGACAAAACCUGGACCCCUUGGGCCACAGGGUAGUCAAGAGCUUUGUCUUGGUUUAUGUGACCCCAGGGAAAGGGCAAAUAUGUGGUUUCCUUGCCCAACCUGUAGGCUAUCCUAGAACUUCCAUGAGGGCAGUGGUGGGAAUGAGGGUGAGAAAGAGCCCAGCCUAUACCUCAAGAGUCUGUUAGAGUGUUAGGACUCUCUCUCCCAUCCUUAAGAUUCUCCUUUGAUCCUAAAGACAGUAUCAGAGCUGCUGUCAGGUUUCUUAUAAUUCCCAAGGCUCUGGAUCAGAAGCUGCCAUAUCAUUUGUUUCUGGGGCUAUAUGCCCACAAUUCCUAGUACAUUCCCUUGGGCUUUGGUGCUCAAAAAAUAUUUGUCAGUUGCUGGGUCUGUGACAUUCUUUGGGCACCUCGCACAUGUUCAGUUUUGUCUUAUGUCACCAGUAUUUCACAAUAUCUUUUGCAGUUUUUUUUGUUUUUUUUUUUUUUUUGAGAUGGAGUUUCGCUCUUGUUGUCCAGGCUGGAGUGCAAUGGUGUGAUCUCGGCUCACCGCAAACUCUGCCUCCCAGGUUCAAGCGAUUCUCCUGCCUCAGCCUCCUGAGUAGCUGGGAUUACAGGCAUGCACCACCACGGCCGGCUAAUUUUGUAUUUUUAGGAAAGACAGGGUUUCUCCAUGUUGGUCAGGCUGGUCUCGAAUUCCCGAUCUCAGGUGAUCCGCCCGCCUCAGCCUCCCAAAGUGCUGGGAUUACAGGUGUGAGCCAUGGCACCCAGCCAUCUUUUGCAAAUUUUAUUAAAGACAAUGCUAAAAGGAAGUGACAACUGAAACUAAUGGUCACAGUCAGUCGAGACUUCUCUUUUUUGAGGGGCUUAGCAGGAAGAGAAUAUUUAGACUGAUGCUUAGUGUAAGAUGGAAUGUUGUACAGGUUAACCAGCAACACAAAGACAUAUUCAAAAGACCUAAUAGGUCGGAAGAAUAACACACCACACCAAAAACAAAUCUCUAUGGAAAUCUAGAAUCAUGUGCGUAGAAGAAAUUUUCAUGAGGAUAAAAAGAAGCAAAGAGAAGUAAUGCUCUUGUUGGGGCGUACAUCAGUGGACAUGUGCUAACCAGUAAGAACAGCAGGAGGCCUAAAUGCUCAUGUUUAGGGAGAGAAUAUGGAAAAAAUGGAUGGGAUUAUUUGGAAAAGAUGUAGGAUGUUAAAAUACAUGGUAAGAGCUACUCAACUCUUGUUUUCCUCCUUUUCCAUAGAUAAAGACCUGAACAAACUGAAAAGAUAGGACAUUAAGUAGGAAUUGUAAAACGGAAAUACUCUUUAUAUAAAAAAUCUCUACUGUAUGUCAGUAAGCAAUGUAAUAGAUAGGCCAAGCACAGUGGCUCACACCUAUAAUGCCAGCACUUUGGGAGGCCAAGGCUGGAGGAUUGCUUGAGUCUGGGAGUUCAAGCCCAGCCUGGGCAGCAUAGUGAGACCCCAUCUCUACAAAAAAUAAACAGAAUUUGUCAGACGUAGUAGUGCAUGCCUGUAGACCCAAGUAUUUGGGAGGCUGAGGUGAGAGGCUCGCUCGAGCCCUGGAGGUCGAGGCUUCAGUGAGGCAAGAUCACACCACUGCACUCCAGCCUGGGAGAGCAAGACCCUGUCUCCAAACCAAAAAAAAAGGAAAAAAAUAAAUGUAAUAGAUACUUGCUAAGGGCUUUGUAUAUACUUAUUAAUGUUAUUUCUCAGCACGUAUGUACCCGAUGAGGAAAUGAAGGCUAAAGGUCAUAUAUCUACAAAGUGGGGAGGUCAGACUUUGAACCCACAACCUGACUAUGGAGCCACUUCAGUAUACUGUCUCCCCAUAAGAAAGUUCCAAUAGAAAAAAAAGGCUACUUAAGUAGGGAAAUCACAAAAUAAGUGCCAAUGAACAAUAAAUGUUCAACCUCACUACAGUUAAAAUGUAUAUUAAAGCAAGAGUUGAGAUGACACUUUUCCUUAUAAAACAGACAGGGAUUCAGGGACAUUGGGACUCUGAUGCUGCUGGUAAGACAUGAAUAAAUACAUACUGUCUCUGGCAAUCAAUACCAGAAUGCUUAAGCAUUGCUUGUUGACUUUGAAAUUGUACCUGGAAAUUUAUGUUUCAGUAACCAUCAUGAAUGUACACAAAAUCCUGAAACUGUUAAAACUGAUGUCACAGGCUGGGUGCAGUGGCCCAUGCCUAUAAUCCCAGCACUUUGGGAGGCUGAGGCGGGUGGAUCUUCUGAGAUCAGGAGUUCGAGACCAGCCUGACCAAUAUGGUGAAACCCCGUCUCUACUAAAAAUACAAAACAAUUAGCGGUGUGGUGGCAUGCGCCUAUAGUCCCAGCUACUUGGGAGGCUGAGACAGGAGAAUUGCUUGGACCUGGGAGGUGGAGGUUGCAGUGAGCCGAGAUUGUACCACUGUAUUCUAGCCUGGGUGACAGUGAGACUGUCUCAAAAAAAAAAAAAAACUGAUGUCAAUUAAUAUUAAAUGAAGUAUUCAUGAUAUAUUGUUAAGUAAAAAUAUUAGAAAACUAUAUGUACAGUAUGAUCCUAUGUAAAAUAUAUUUAUGUAUUAAAACA